AUGGGCCGCUCUACAGGCGGCGUGACGGGCCAGUGGGAUGGCGAGGUGCGGCCCCUUGCUUCGCAGCGUCGGAGCCGGGGCACCACAAAAUGGGGCACCAGGAACCCUAAAAGCAUGGGGCAGGUGGAUUUCUUGAACGGCACGAGCAAGUCGUUUGGUCGGCAGAAGUCGGGCGUGGAGUUUGGCAACAAUAUGACCAAGAUUCUAGGGCAGGAAGAAGAUGGAUGGGUGUCCAGCAGCAGCCCGAGCGAUGAUGAGCUGGCAUAUGGCACCAGGCCUAGGAACACCAUCCCCAGAGCUACCUCCAUGCCUGCCCAGCCGGGGACCAUGGAUUUUGACAUGGAGAGCAGGCUGAUGGCCACUGUGGCUGGGACGACUGCGCCGUUCAUGUUUGAGAAGAGGAGGACGCGCAUUGACUGGAGGAAGCUGCAUGGAAUCGAUGUUGAUAGGGUCAUCAGGGAGGCAGAUAUCGACACUCUCGAGUCUAUCCUCGACACCAUUGCAUUUGGGGACAUUGAGGCAGAAGACACCCGGAACUUCACAGAGUUCAACUUUGUCAAGAUCUUCCGGCUCUCUCAGCUCAUGGUUGAGUACUUGCUCCAUGUCCAGGAGACGCUGGCCUCGCACAAGAGUCAGCUGGUGGUGGCUGGGGCCACUGUCCAGAGAAAGACACAGAAGCUGCACAGCACUGUGUCGUGGCACAGAGAUGCGCUGGCAGCCACGCGGCGAGAUCUGAAGCAGGCCAAGAAGACAUUGUCCACCUACGAGAUCCUGCUCCGCCUGCAUGGCCAUGGGCAGGGCCCCGCCCCCUCCAGCCAGCAGACCCACAAGUGCCCCACCUGCGACAAGCUCUUUGAGUCUGCCUACUACCUGGACCUGCACAUGGCGCGCAGGCAUCCCCGCCCGCCAGAGGAAGACCCGAAGGCCAUCCUGGCAGCCGCGGUCGCAAAAGCAGAGGAGAUGACCACCAUCAAGGUCCGGGCCGAGACGACGGCCCAGCUGCAGGCAGAGUUCCAGGAGGUGCUAGCGCGCACGAGAACAGACUUUGAGAGGGCGGAGCAAGCAGCCAACACCAAGGUGGUGUCCCUCCAAGCCGUGCUCGCGAGCCGCGAGCGCGAGAUGGAGGACCUCCGCGCACGCAUCGAGGAGCUGCAGCGCGCGGCGGCGCGGCGCACGGGCGCGGGCGCGCGCCUCGAAGAGGACGACCCCGAGGCGGCGCACGCGGCCGGCCUGCGCGUCCGCGAGCUGGAAGGGAAGGUGGCCGUGCUGGAGCAGCGGCACCGGCUGAUCAGCGAGGAGAAGGAACAGCUCACCAUGCAGCUGGAGGCGGCCAAGGCGGAGGUGAUGUCACUGAAGGCGGAGCGGCGGCGUCUGACCAACGAGCUGGAGGAUGCGCGGAACCAAGUCGACGACCUGGAGCGUCAGAAGAAGAAGCUCGCCAGCGAGCUGGCAAGGGCGAAGAAGUCGCGGCACCCCACGGGUGAGAAGGUGAAGGUGAUGGUCGCCAAGCUGGAGGAGUCGUCCCGAGAGGAUCGUGACGCGGAUCGCCGCCGAUCCGAGGAAGACAGAAGACGGCGGCAGGCCCAGAAGGAGCGCGACGACGCCGCCGCGCGCCGGCGAUCCGAGGAUGAGAGGAGGCGACGAGAGCAGGAGCUGGAAGAGCGGAACGCGGCUGCUCGGAAGAAGACGGAAGAGGAGGACGCGGAGGAGGCGCGGCAGAGGGCGGCCGCCGCGGCGGCGGCCGCGCUGCAGGACCUGGGCGACGAGACGCCCUGGCUGUCCGUGGCGGACAAGGAGAAGUGGCUGCGGGAACACCCGUACGCGCCGGUGCCAGAAAAGCCCAUGGCGUUGGCCAAGCAUCCCCACGACCCGAUGCUGUUCCCGGACACCCGGACGGACAUCACGCAGCACUUUGACGAAGCGCUGGCGGAAGAGCUGCGCAAGUUCGGCAUCACUGCGGGGACCAAGGGCAUGAGUGACGAGGCAUAUGCCGAGGCGACGGCCAUCCUGGAGCAGCGGCGGACUGUGCGCCUGGCGGAGGCGCCGGCGGCAGAGCGGAAGCAGAUGGAGUACGAGCGAGGGACCAUUCAGUGGCACAUCGAGAGAGCGGUUCACGCGCGCGACGAGGCUGCCGUGGAGCGGCGGCUGCGCAGCAGUUUGAACGAGGAGGACGAGCCGGAGGAGCUCACCUUCGAGGAAGCCACCGGAGGAACCCGGGGGGGGGCCAACCGGGGGAACGAAUACCGGGAGGCCUCCAGCGCGGUGGUGAAGCACGUGAUCGGCAACCCAGCGAGCCUGCGCUCCAGCCUGCGGACGGACUACACCGCAUCCGAAGUGUCCGCCGGAAGCGAGCCGGACGCUUCGCCGGACGGAAGACGCCCCAAGAAUAUGGAGCAUGACAAGCGAGCCAAAUCGGAGGCCAGCGCUUCGGACAGCUCGGCAUCGGAUGACGUCAGCAUGGACAGCGACAUCAGCGUGCACGAUGACGUGGCGUCCGAGGAGGCGUCCGAGGAGAUGUCCGAGCCGGAGGUGUAUAGCAAGCCCAGCAGCCGGCGCAGCAGUCGGCGGCCGUCCAAUACGAACUCGGACAAGACACGUGGCGCUCGAGAGGAGGAGGCACGUGGCAAGAAGGAGGAGGGCGGAGCCUGGGCCACAGCGAAACCGGCGACCGUCAGUCGGGUGGAAACGCGAAACUAUGAGGAGAGCGACGAGGAGCGGUCGCCGACAGUGCAGGAGAAGGGGGUGAGUUCCGUCGAGGUGAAGCGGAAGGAAGUGGUUCUGAACGCAGCGGAAGGACGCGUGGCGGACUCGGAGGCGGUCCACGUGGUGCAGCUGGUCCCCAGCCGCAAGGCGCAGGAGCCGGUGCCGCCCCCGGUACAGACCGUCAAGAUAGGGGCCGCGUUCUCGGACGGGAACCGGGGCGGGGCGCUGGAGUCGAGGAGAGCGUUGUCGCCGCUGAGGCCGAGCAGCGCCAAGGGCAGCCUGGGGGGAAGGCCCAGAACGGAGGGCGCACACUUCAGAGGUUCAGAGUUGGAGAGCUUGGAGAGCAUGACGUCCGUGUAUACGUCUGAUGAGGAAGCCACCUCAAGGCUGCAAGGUUCGUCUGGCCGCUAUGAAAGCCCCGCCGGCAGUGGGCCCGCCAAAAGCUCGACAGGCGCGACGUCGAAAGAGCAGAAGCCUGUCACGAAGACGGCGCCGAGAGACUACUUGGACGACUUCGAAACGGACGACAUCGAAGAGAUAAAUAUCUGAUUUGACAACUAUGUUUCAGAAAUUAGUCGAUGCGUCAAGUUGACUGGACAGAACAUUCUCGUUGAAAGGCAUGCAAUAGGUAUCCAACAGGACCAGAACGGUUAGAGGCAGACGGAGCAUGAUUCUCUUAAGACCAUGCCAAGCUUAUGAGAGUGGCCGGAUGUGAAAGGUCUACCCGGAGCUCUUGAACAGUGACCCUAGGAU